AUGUCCACGAGCCUGUUCUCCCUCAACGACGAUGUCCUCUCCAUCAUCCUCGCGCACCUCUCCACACGCGAUGCGUGCCAGCUCACCAUGACCUGCCGCACGGGCCACGCCCUCGCGAUGCCCCAGUUCCUGAGCGAAGUCAAGUUCCUGUGCAUCUCGCCCAGGAGCGCAGGGCGCAUCCGCCAGUUCUGCGCGUUCAUGCUCGCGGACCCCGAACGGCGGAUACCGUGCCUCCGCACGCUGCGACUACUUGGGCCCGCAUUCGCCCUCCCGGAGUCUAUGGGUCCCGACGGAAGCGCAAAUCUGAGGUACGAGUGUCCGUGCCAUCUGAGCAGAGUCCUCCAGCAGGCCUCGCGGCUGCGCGCGCUGCACCUCUGGAACGCCGCCGCCCUGCUCCGCGCCUCAGACGGCUGCUGCUUCCCCGACGCACUCGCGGGCCUCCCCGCCCUCGACGUCGUGCACACGCACGGGCGUCCGUGGGCCUGCGCCCUGCUCGCCCGCACGGCAUCCCGCCCGCGCGCCCUCCACCUGCACGCGGAGCGCGGCCUCGCGCGGCCGCCCACGAGCGACUUCGCCGCGGGCAGCCACCUCCCCGCGCUGCUCAGCGCCGCCCUCGAAGAGCUGCGCCUCCAGCAGUGCGUCGCGCUCGCGGAGAACCUCUACCACGCAAGCGUGAUCUUCCCGCGGCUCCGCACGCUCACGCUCUCGGGGUAUUGCGCGGCGCUGGCGAGCAUCGCGAGCGUGUUCCCCGCGCUGCGGACGCUCCGGCUGCAGGACGUGACGUUCGCGGCGGGCCAGCCGAUCGCGGCGUGGCCGGUGCUCGAGGGCCUGCAGACGAACGGCGACCUCGCGAUGCCCCUGGUGGGCCGGGUGCGGAGGCUCGAGCUGCAGGUCUCGCUGAACGUGCACGAGCGGAUGCCGCUGUUCGUGGCGCUCCUGCAGCGGACGACGCCGGCGGUGCUGUUCUGCACGGUCGCGCAUAACCGGGUCGCGGAGUGGAUGAAGGAGGUUGCGGGCGCCGCUCCUGGGCUCAGGUACCUUCACCUGGCGUUGCAGUCGCUCGACGCGAGAUUGGUGACGAGUUGCGCUGCGGCGCUGGGCGAUGCCCCUCUGAAGGGUGUGUCCUUCGGCUACACCGCGCGCCUGCCCUUCGAACGCGAUGAGCGCUGGGCUGCGUCCCUCGCACUCAAGGUCGCCGCGUGCGUGCCGUCAGUGCAAUAUGUCGGGUUCAACGUCCAGGGGUUCUCGUCUGUCGUCUAUAAUGACCUGGACGCGGUUACGUGGUAUAACGUUGAUCGCGCGCAGAGGGGGGCGCAGGUUGAGCGGCUGACGGACUGGAGGGCGGAGCAGGUGUUGGGGGAGUUGCUGGUCGCGAGCACGGAUUGACAGAACAACCGUAGGGUAACGAUCCGUCAACACGCAUUGGCGCUUCCUGAUAUGCCUGGUAGUGGACGACGUGCUCGUCAGGCUUAGAGUGAGUAUAUCCCGUUAUCCACGAACCGGGAAGUCAACAUAUGUACACUGCAGCGGGUCUGCGCUGUGUGUACCACUUGCAUACACUGUAUUAGGGAUAUUUUAUGGUGAUGCGACCGCUCGAGCUUUGCAUUCACCAUCGGGCUCGGCUGAAGACGUGGAUAUCCACUUCAGCCCCGAGGUCCAUGACGGGCUGAUACUCUACGCUGGUGCGCCACGCGGGCGGUGCGACUUACAUAUGGGUGCCAUCGCUCUCGGGACCGCCUAUCUGCUCCCGCUGUAAGCCCAUGGCAUGUGUGUAUUUGACGAAGCAGGAAGGGCAGAAAUGGCACGAGAGGCACGAUGUCUCUCGUCCGGUGCGUACGAUGUAUAGGGCCGUGAGC